UGUUGGGCCGUGUGACCAAUACAAGGCAGUCUACCCACGGGAUACCCGGCAGUGGCCGAUGGGUGGACGGCCGUCCGGCCAGUCGAACAAGGGUCGCACGGUUGGCACGUCCGACGUCAGCUGAUGCCCGUGCCCCGCACGGCCCACCACGACAAAAACAACAAACCCCGCUCACCGCUGCCUGCCCGUAAUUGUAUUAUUGUCAUUGUUAUUGUGUACUCGUACUAUAGUACUUCUCAAUAUUCAUAGUUUACUGCGUUGAAAUUGUUCUCGUCGUUCUCCCGUCAUUGUCGUUGUUACCUGUACAGUUGCGUUACGUUAUUUGCGUCGUUAAAAUAGCUAUCUAUUCUGCUUUUCUACGUACUGUCGUCUACACAAUGAAAUUUCAGUACAAAGAGGAUAAUGUUUUUGAGAAGAGAAAGACUGAAGGCGAGAAAAUCCGAAAGAAGUAUCCCGACAGGGUCCCGGUAAGAAUUUUCUAUUAUUUGUAGUGAUGUAGAUAACUGACUUCGCCCUUCGGUUAAUAAUUGCUUUUGUUUUUACCGUUUUGCCGUACGGUAAUAUUUUAUUGGCCAUUGUCCACGGCGUAUAUAAUAUUUGUGUGGCAAUUGAUCAAGGCAAAGGUCAAUGCUAAGUUGUUUUUCAUUCACUGUUGUGUUAUUAUUUAUUCGUAUUAUGUUUUUAUUUUCAUUGAACCUUGCAGGUGAUUGUGGAAAAGGCCCCAAAGUCACAUAUUGGUGAGCUUGACAAAAAGAAGUACCUGGUACCUUCGGACUUAACAGUCGGCCAGUUUUACUUCCUUAUCAGGAAACGUGUACAUCUACGUCCUGAGGACGCCCUAUUCUUUUUCGUCAACAACGUCAUUCCACCAACCAGUGCCACUAUGGGAUCAUUGUACAAUGUAAGCAUUUACUAUAUUAUUACCAAGGUUAAUGCAUUCUUAUUAAAUAUUUAUUUUUAUUUUAUUAGGACCAUCGCGAAGAAGAUUUCUUUUUGUACAUUGCAUACAGUGAUGAAAACGUUUAUGGAUAAUAGUUACUACCUUUGUCGUGUUUGAUUGGUUGUUUUUCAUAAUUCAUUUAAAAAUUCACUUCUUGAAUAAAAAAAAUAUGACCAAAAAAAAAAAUUAAAAAAAAAAAAGUAAUCAUGUUCUAAUAUAAAAUAAUCAUACACAAUGGUAACCUGUACCUUUGAAGUUAUUUUAUAUUUGCAGUUCAUUAUUAUUUUUGUUUGAUAUUACUAUGUAAAGUAUAAUUUCGCUUAAAAUAUUAACCUUUUUGUUUGAUUUCUUAUUAUUUUUAUGAAGUUUAUUAUGACUUAUUUAUAAGAUUUUUAGCUAAAUGUUUAAGUGUGCUAUUUCUGCGUGUAAACAAUUAAAUUAUUUAUUCUUUUACCAUUUCAGAAAUGGUUAGCAUUAUAAACAUUUGGUCACUCAUUUUGUAUAUAACUACUUAUAACUAUUUUAAAUAAAUUUCUAUAUUAUAUUAGUUAUUAAACCUGUGUAUUUAUUUAUUAAAUUAUACUUUGAGUUAAACUUUAAGUAUGUAGAUACCUAAUUGUCUGUAGAACAUAUCUCUAACUUUUCUGUACAUAUUCCAUUUUUUAGCAACAGUUACUAUUGGAUUUGUCAUUAAUAAUAUAUUUAUUCUUUAUUAUUGAUUAUACCUAUAUGGUAAGAGUUGCUGUAGAUAAUGAGCAUAACUGUAAAGUUUUAAAGCAAAUGAUUGUCAAAUGUUAAUGGCAGUCAUAUUUAAUAAUUUGAUUAUAAUACGUAUUAAAUGUUGAACAAAUAAUAGAUUAUCAAAAAACCUAUCUGAGUUUGUGUUGUGGUGUUCAAAUUAAAUUUCAAUAAUUUUUGUAAACGAGUUGAAUAUACUUGGCAAUUAUUUAAAUAAAUUAUGAUUCUGACGUUCAAGAGAUUUAAAUUCUUUGAUGGACAAAGUACUUCAAAAUGAGUAUCUAGGUACUCGUUUCUAGAUACAUUUGUAUCUAAGAUAUUGUAUAAUUAAUAAUUGUAUUGAAAACCUGCCUAACCCUGUUUUAAUAUAAAUUAUGAUUUUUAAUUAUGG